GACAAGACUCGGACAAAUACAGCGGAGUUUGGUGGCAGCAGCGUGUGUCGUCGUCUCCACCUCCUUUCCCUUCCAGUCAAAGCUGCCGAGAUCACAAACUCUGUCUCCAAUCUCUCUCUCUCUAUAUAUAUCUCAUACACGGACAUCGCUUUUGUCUGGUCAGAGACUCAAGUCUCACGCUUGAGCGGCGAUGGCAUCUUCGGCAGACUCAUGGAUGAAGGAAUUACAUGAGGCUCAGAAGCUUGCUGAUGAUAUAAACGGGAUGAUUUCUGAAAGGGGUUCUUUGCCCCCAUCAGGACCAGAUAUGCAACGUCAUUUCUCUGCCACUAGGAGAAAGAUUACAAUACUAGGGACCAGACUUGAUAGUUUGCAGUCCCUUUUAUCUAAGCUACCUACAAAGCAGCCUAUAACAGAGAAGGAGAUGCAUAGGCGCCAGGAUAUGCUAGCAAAUUUGAGAUCCAAAGCCAACCAGAUGGCCUCUGCACUGAAUAUGUCCAAUUUUGCGAAUAGGGACAGCUUGCUAGGACCAGAUAUAAAGCCAGAUGUCAUGAGCAGAACAACUGGCUUGGACAACAGUGGUCUUGUUGGCCUUCAGCGGCAAGUAAUGAAAGAACAAGAUGAAGGUCUUGAGAAAUUGGAGGAGACUGUAGUAAGUACAAAACAUAUUGCAUUGGCUGUCAAUGAGGAACUUGGCUUACAAACUAGCCUUCUUGAUUCAUUGGACCAACAUGUGGACUCAACAGACUCCAGGCUACAGCGUGUACAAAAGAGGUUGGCGAUUUUGAACAAACGUACUAGCGGUGGUUGCUCUUGCAUGUGUAUGCUUUUGUCUGUCAUCGGUAUAGUUCUUCUGGUGGUUGUUAUAUGGGCACUGAUUAAAUACUUGUAAUACUAGUGAUGGUGGUUAUGGAUAAGACGUCCAAGUCUGCAGUGUGGUUAAAGGUUACAGAUGUCAUAUGUAACCGCCAUUAUAACUGUUGGUUUCCCAAGAAAUGGUAGAGGACUGUAGCCCUAUUUGGUUGUGUUUGUCAAGAAGUUUAAGAAUAGGUUUGCAGGUGAAGUUUUCUGAAGGCCGGUGAAUGGUGCUCUCGAUGUUUGUAUUUGGGUUUCGUCGGAUUUGUUUGUAAAGGGGAGAUGGUUUGAUCUGGAGAACAAGGUAAGGCGUCCCAUUUUAUUCUCUUGAAAACUUUGGAAGAUGAUGAAUUUGAAGAUUGGAGAUCAAGGGAAUUUCAACUUA